GCGGAAGGCGGGGGCCGAGCCAGGAGGGGUUUUGCAAUCCCGUAGGUCCAUUGCCAGGAACAGUCGGGUGUCAGAUUAGGGUGGGGUGGGGUUCGGCCCUGCGUCGGGCAGCGCGUGCAUCAAACCCCAUUUCAGCCGCGACCUCACUCUCUCUCAGUCCUUUCCGCCCUGGCCGCGGGCUCGGAGGGCGCCUGCCAAGGGAACACAGGGCCCCUCACGAGGACUUCGGCCGGGCGCCGCGUACAGACAAAGGGGUGGGAGAUGGAGACACUUCCGUGACAACUGCCAGCGGCCGCGGAAGAAGAGGACGCAUUGCUGCAGGAACGCCGGCCCGAGCGCAGCGGCAGCUUUGCGGGAGCUCAGGGGCGGGGUGGGAGGCGUCCAUCAUUCGCCGUCCUCCUGGCGAGCAUCAAGACCCCCACGCAGCGCCUAUCUGAGCACCCUAUCCCUGCUGCCGUUCACUGAGGACCACUUCCUCGCACGCUCUCCGCUCGGCCCCUCUGUGCUCCCGCGAUCCGCCAGCCACGCAGCCCAAGUGUGCCAUCGGGCGGGCGCGGAGGCGGCGUCUGCUCCCACCCCCGAGAUCACAUGGUGACCCUCGGCAGCCAAUGCAGUGGACGCUAGGACCCUGCGGGACCCCGGGCGCCGCGACUGCACCGGCGCCGCUGCAUUAUAAAUACUUCUCCAAAAUGCGGCGCAGCUCCCUGCGCGCGCCCCGGCCGCCCGCCGCCUCCGCCCUGCGCCCCUGAGCCGCUGCCGCCGCUGCCGCCGCCGCGGGUCCGAGGGCGCCGCGCCCUUGCCCUGGGCUCGGGCUCUGCCCGCCGCCGCCGGCUCGCGUCCUCGCGCUGCGCCGCCCGGCCGGGUGCAUGCAUUGUGGGCCUCCCGACAUGGUCUGCGAGACGAAGAUCGUGGCUACGGAGGACCAUGAGGCACUGCCGGGGGCCAAGAAGGACGCGCUGCUCGCCGCCGCCGGAGCCAUGUGGCCCCCGCUGCCCGCCGCGCCCGGGCCGGCCGCCGCACCCCCACCCGCGGCAGGUCCCCAGCCUCACGGAGGCACCGGGGGCGCGGGGCCGCCGGAGGGGCGCGGCGUGUGCAUCCGCGAGUUCCGCGCAGCCGAGCAGGAGGCGGCGCGCCGCAUCUUCUACGACGGCAUCUUGGAGCGCAUCCCCAACACCGCUUUCCGCGGCCUGCGGCAGCACCCGCGCACCCAGCUGCUCUACGCCCUGCUGGCGGCCCUCUGUUUUGCUGUGACCCGCUCACUGCUGCUGACAUGCCUGGUGCCAGCCGGGCUCCUGGCCCUGCGCUACUACUACAGUCGCAAGGUGAUUCUGGCCUACCUGGAGUGUGCGCUGCACACGGACAUGGCUGACAUUGAGCAGUACUACAUGAAGCCACCUGGUUCCUGUUUCUGGGUGGCUGUGCUGGACGGCAACGUUGUGGGCAUCGUGGCCGCACGGGCCCAUGAGGAGGACAACACAGUGGAGCUGCUCCGCAUGUCCGUGGACUCGCGCUUCCGCGGCAAAGGCAUCGCCAAGGCUCUGGGCAGGAGGGUGUUGGAGUUUGCCAUGCUGCACAACUACUCUGCAGUGGUACUGGGCACCACAGCCGUUAAGGUGGCCGCCCACAAGCUCUAUGAGUCACUGGGCUUCAGACACAUGGGCGCGAGUGAUCACUACGUGCUGCCUGGCAUGACCCUCUCGCUGGCCGAGCGCCUCUUCUUCCAGGUCCGCUACCACCGCUACCGCCUGCAGCUGCGCGAGGAGUGACUACCACCACCUGCCCAUCACCCUGUCUGCCCCUGUCCACUUCUGCCCUCCUGCUCGCUGCCUAGUGCGGCCCUGCUUUCCACUGCUCACCUUGGCAUUUGUUUGGGUUUUCCUUUUUCAGCACCAUGCUGGUUCAUCACCUGGCUGGUUCUGGGGCCACAGGGUCCCAGUCCAGAGUGCUCAUCUGCAACACUCUGGUGGGGUGGAUUGUCUGCAGCCAUGGCCCUUGCCUCCCCAGCCCAUCAGAGUGGCUCAUCAUGCCUUGAAGAGCAGCAUUGUGGACCAUCUGAACUAUCCACAAAGCUGCCCAGCCUGCCUCCAUCAGGGAAGGACUAGCCUUGCCCAUCAAGCACAGAACCUCUACAACAACCCCCCUCUCCCCCCAAGGAGCAGAACCCUGGCCCCCAGCCAGGCUAAGGCUCAGCUAUUGGCCUCUGGAAGAGUGGUCUGCUGGGCUGGGCAGCCACUGCCCCAUGGGAGGCUGAGCUGGCCCCAGGCCCUGCUUUGCCCUGUGCAUGCUAAGGACAUGGCCUGGCUGCAGCAUGCCGCAUGCCACAGCCCCCUGUCCCGCUAUCCUGCCCAGCCUGGACCUCAGGCCUGAGCUGGUGAGCUCCCUUGUCCUGUCCUGAGCUGGCCUCUGGAGGGCCUACCUGCCUGACCCUGUCUACUCUCUGGUGGGGCCUGGCCUGGCCUAACCUGGCUCUAUCCACUCCUGCUUUGCUUCGAAAUCAUCUUACCUCUUUCCCUUUUUGGUCCCUGUGCCUCCUUGCUCUGGCUGACUUGGCUGGUCACCCGGGUUUGGUUCCUGUAGCAAUCCACUGCACAGCAUGGUGGGGAUUUCAUGGGGGUGGGGGGGACACCUCCCCCAACACCUGUUAUAUCAGGUGGCCUCCUCCCAGCUGCCUGAGGUCCUGUGGCCUCAUGCUGUUUGUGGGGUCUGCCCUGUGAAUGUAACUAGCCCAGGCUGUUGUUGGCAAUGCCUGCCACAGCUUCUCCCAGCCUGAAACAACCCAUUCUCUAAUAAGUUACGUAGACAGAAUAGCACUCUGCAUGACUUUAAUUACUGGGACAAAAUGGUAGUUUGAGCCUCCAGACACACAUCUGUGUGGUGCUAGCAUACACACGGUCUCUGGCCCCAUUUGAUGGGGGUGGGUGGCCGGGUAGGUGGAAGAUUUCAGUUUGAAGUAUGGAAGGAGACUCUAAUUUAGUGUAAACACCCCUAAAGUGCCCUCACAACACAGUCUGUGAGACUCAGGUUGCCCCUUGAUUCCUUGUAUGCAGGAUUGAGGGGACUGGAGGGUCCUAAAGCCUCAUAGGAAGGGCUGGGCACUGCCUUGGGGGUAGGAGCUGGUGGUUGGGAUGGGCCCAGGUAUCCCACUACAGACUACUCUGCUAGGCCAACUGUGUUCCUGGCCUCUCCUUUUGAGGUUCCACUUAGGAUCCAGCCUGGAUGGGAGUGGGUAUGGCCUAGGACAGGGAAAGGCAGUAGCUGGCAGUGUUCAUGUGGCCAGCUGAAACUUGGACUUAGCUUUAGUGCAGGGGGCCCAUCCAUAUUCCUCUGUGUGGGGCUUGGGGUGAGGAGAGGCAGGCUAGGUAGACCAUAGAGCUGGGCCCCUGGCACCAAGGCUACAUUAUUAGAAAGGCUCUUUAGAGUUAAUGAGUUGGUGGAACAAGCCCAGCUUCCUGAGGGGCCUUUUGUCCUGUUAGCAAUUGAGGCAUUUGCAGAACACUGUACAGACCCCGCUCUCCCUGUACAUUCCUCCCUGGUGGUGCCCGGUCCCCGCUUGGGGAUGGGAGUUUUGUAGACUGUACAGAAAUUGGCACCCUAUUUUCUUGCAGCUCUCAGAUUUUGUUAAUCUGGAUUAUACAGACAGACGUAAAGUGUUUUAGCAAAAUGGAAAA